AAGUCCCACACGCUGUCAACAACACAAACACGUGCUUCCAGUAACUACAGGCUACAUAACGUCAUCUACGUUGUUUUAUUUUUUAUUUAACGUUAAUAGUUCGAUUUUCUAAAGUAGUCAUGCAGUUGUGUGGAGUUUGCAGCGAACAUGUUCCUAAAUACAGAUGUCCGGCCUGCAGAAUCAGAUAUUGUUCAGUGAGUUGCUUUAAAAGACACAAGGAUGAUGAUUCAUGUCACCCAAUUAAAGAGCCCGAUCCAGCCUCCAGCACCCCGACCCCAGUGCGCAGCGCCGAACAGCCGUGGGUUGUUGAGGAUCUCCUUGAUGAAGACAGCCAGACAGACAAAGUGCCGUUACAGAAACUUCAGCAGCUCGGAGAUUCAGAGGCGCUGAAGGAUCUGUUGAGGAAUCCUCAUCUCCGACAGCUGAUGAUGGCAGUGGACUCGGCCGGAGAUAAAGCCAAAGCCAUGAAAGACGCCAUGCAGGAGCCGCUGUUCGUGGAGUUUGCGGAUCAGUGCUUAAAAAUUAUUGAACCUACGCAAACAGACAGUGUCGAUGACGGAUACUGAUUUCAUUGAACUCUUAAUGAGAAACACACAUCAUGACAGUCCAUUGGGUUUUGUUUCAAACAAUCUGAGUGAUUUACACUUAUGUCUGAUAAACAUACUCAAAUAGCUCAAAUGAAAUUUGUUGCAUUAGCAUGUUUCUCAACAUAUUACUGAGCCUUUGUGUUGUCACACAUGCACUAUUGCAUCCAGUCGUUUAUAACACGUCAUGCAUUUUAUAAUAAAUGUAAAAAGACACCAAAAACAGAACGUCUGUAAUGAUUUUUAUUUGAAUCAUCAAAGUUUGACAAAGUGUUUUAUUGGUUUGUUAAAGCAGUUCCUGAGCACAAACAAUAAACAGGUUUUGUUGAUUAAUGCCCUGAGAUUAGAAAUAUUGAUUAUUUUUGGUAAUCAUUGCAUAUAUUUCCUAUUCAAAAACACCUAUGGAAUGUUGUGUAGUCGAUUUGCUAAAUAAUCUGAACUAUAAAUACAUAUGCAAAUAGUACAUUAAUUCAGUGUGCUUUGGUAAGAGCAUUAACAGCAAUGCCGAAACUACAGCUUUUCCCAGUAUUUUAUGAAUAAAGAAUAAAUAUAUCAUGCAAAGUGUA